GUGACAAACGUUUUUGCGUGUGCGUAACUCCCCCGUGGAACGAUGAACGGGUUAAGUUUUAGUGAAUUCUGUUGCUUGUUUUGCUGUCCACCUUGCCCGUCCAGAAUCGCUGCAAAACUAGCGUUUCUACCUCCUGAACCUACAUAUACGUUUAUCGAGGGUGAAGGCUCCAAAUUUACAAUUUCUCUGUCCGACAGAGCGGAGUGGCAAUACACAGAAAGAGAGAAAGAAUCGGUGGAAGUUUUUUAUGCAAGAACAUCACGAGGAAAUCGAAUAGCCUGUUUGUUUGUACGGUGUUCAGAUAAUGCACGUUUCACAAUUUUAUUUUCUCAUGGCAAUGCGGUUGAUCUUGGACAGAUGUCUAGUUUUUACUUGGGACUUGGCUCGAGGAUAAAUUGUAACAUAUUCAGUUAUGAUUAUUCCGGUUAUGGAGUGUCUGGUGGCAAACCGUCAGAAAAGAAUCUUUAUGCAGAUAUUGAUGCUGCGUGGCACGCUCUUAGAACGCGUUACGGCAUUAGCCCGGAAAACAUCAUUCUGUAUGGUCAAAGUAUCGGGACUGUACCCACGGUCGAUUUGGCCGCGCGAUACGAAGUUGGUGCAGUUGUUCUGCAUUCACCUUUGAUGUCGGGAAUGCGUGUUGCUUUCCCUAAUACCAAAAGAACGUGGUUUUUCGACGCCUUCCCUAGUAUAGAUAAAAUACCCAAAGUGCAAUCUCCUGUUUUGGUCAUUCAUGGAACUGAAGAUGAAGUAAUAAACUUCAAUCAUGGUUUAGCAAUUUAUGAAAGGUGUCCAAUAGCAGUAGAACCAUUAUGGCUUGAGGGUGCUGGUCACAAUGAUAUUGAGUUGUACACACAAUAUUUGGAACGUUUGAUGAAAUUUGUGAAUGUAGAACUGGUGCAGUGAUGGCAAGCAAGCCUCUCCUCUCAGGAUCAGGGGGGGCAGGGAGGAGGGCAGGCACAUAUAAACAGUGAAGAUCAGACAACUUCUGACAACAGUUCAAAUACUAUCAGCUCCACUUCAAAAAGCA